AGUUCACGGACCCCUCUCUGCUAAGGAGUUGCUUUUAACUACCUAAGAUGAGGAUCCGUCUGGCGAGAAGAUGGACGUGGGUCCGCAAAAGCUGCGUGUUUCUCGGCUUCUUAAUGAUCGCUUACUUUGUGGUCGAGCUAUCGGUUUCUUCCUUCGGUGCCUCCCUCGCCGGCAAGAGCAUCACUAAAGGGAAAUGGGAGAGGCGCUUUUCUGACAGAGCAGAAGCAGCUGUCGAUUUGGCUCGUCCAGUUUAUGACAAACCCCCACCCGAUCCUUAUGCUCCAGGAGAAUGGGGUAAGCCCUUUCGCCCACAGCUGAGUCCUGAGGAAAAGAAGCAGGAAGAAGAGCUGAUUGAGAAGUAUGCAAUAAAUAUUUAUUUAAGUGAUAAAAUUUCUCUCCACCGGCACAUUGAAGAUAACCGACUGAGUGGUUGUAAAUCUAAAUCUUACAACUACAGAAGACUGCCCACGACAUCUGUUAUAAUUGCUUUCUACAAUGAAGCCUGGUCAACGCUACUGCGGACGAUACAUAGUGUGCUUGAAACAUCACCUUCAGUGCUUCUGAAAGAAAUUAUACUGGUGGAUGAUCUGAGUGAUAAAGUGUAUUUGAAGGCUGAACUCGAAAAAUACAUAAGCAGUCUGAAAAGAGUUCGCUUGAUAAGAACCAACAAACGAGAAGGAUUGGUUCGUGCACGCUUGAUUGGCGCUACCUUUGCUACUGGUGAUGUUCUCACAUUCCUGGAUUGUCACUGUGAAUGUGUUUCCGGCUGGCUGGAACCACUGCUCGAGAGGAUUGCUGAGAAUGAGACUGUUAUUGUUUGUCCUGUCAUUGACACCAUUGACUGGAAAACAUUUGAAUAUUACAUGCAAACGGCAGAGCCCAUGAUUGGGGGGUUUGACUGGCGGCUGACGUUCCAGUGGCACUCGGUGCCUAAUCACGAACGUCUCAGGCGCAAAUCUGAAACCGACCCAAUCAGAUCCCCAACUAUGGCUGGUGGCUUGUUUGCUGUCAGCAAAAAGUAUUUUGAGUACCUGGGAACCUAUGAUACAGGAAUGGAUGUUUGGGGAGGGGAGAACUUAGAAUUAUCAUUUAGGGUUUGGCAGUGUGGAGGCAUGUUGGAAAUUCACCCAUGCUCCCAUGUGGGCCAUGUGUUUCCAAAGCGUGCACCCUAUGCUAGACCAAAUUUCCUUCAGAACACGGCACGUGCUGCUGAGGUGUGGAUGGAUGAGUUCAAAGAUCACUUUUAUAACAGAAAUCCUUCAGCAAGGAAGGAAAACUAUGGAGACAUUUCUGAAAGAAAGAUUCUUAGAGAGCGUUUGAAAUGCAAGAGUUUUCACUGGUAUUUAAAAAACAUAUUUGCUGAGUUGCACGUACCAGAAGAUCGUCCUGGCUGGCAUGGUGCUAUCCGCAGCACAGGAAUACCUUCGGAGUGCCUUGACUAUGUCUUACAGGAACAUAAUCCUACCGGCUCUCACCUUUCUCUCUUUGGUUGUCAUGGUCAGGGAGGCAACCAAUUUUUUGAGUAUACAUCAAAUCAGGAGAUUAGAUUUAACUCUGUAACUGAGUUAUGCGCUGAAGUCCCUGAGCGUGAAGACUUCAUAGGUAUGAGGAGCUGCCCAAAAGAUGGAUCUCCUAUCCCAGAAAUUAUUAUCUGGCACUUCAAAGAAGAUGGGACUAUUUAUCAUCCUCAUUCAGGGAAGUGCAUUACUGCUUAUCGUACGACUGAGGGGCAUGCUGAUGUGCAAAUGAGAACUUGUAAUGCUGGAGAUAAGAAUCAAAUUUGGAAAUUUGAGAAAUAAUCACUGCUGGUUGUCUAAGUCAAAUGGACUCUCAUCUCCAAGCCUUUUACACGUGUGAGCAGAUAGCAAUGUUUGAUUGAAUACCUUGGAAUGUUUUCAGUUGUGUUAUAGUGGUGUAGAAACUGUUUACUGUGAUGAACUGUAUGGAAAGCAAAAGUAAAUAGUGCUGUUUGGUUUCUAAAACAUGGAUUAGAGGAUCUAAUGCCGUUUAUUUUUGUAAAAUUUGGAUCCAUUAUUACUUUGCUCAGUCUUGAUUAUGGUAAAACAAAGGCUUCUGAGUGGACUGAGGAGGGAUUUUUUUCAUCUUAAAAUUAUGCAAUAAAUCCUGCAAGAUAAUGCUACAUAUAAACAAAAAAAUUUUACUUACAGAAGUAAAAGUUAAGGUUCUUGCAGUGGUAUUCGCUGACCUAUGUUGCAGAUACAUUAUAAAAUAUGUAUCUUAACACCGCUAGUAAUGCUACAGUAGCAUGUUAUUGAAUGGAUAUUGAUGUGGAAAGUCGAAUCUAAGCCUUGUAACAGUCUGCAUUCUUCUGGUAAGGUACAUGCUGUUAAGGGUACUAUAUUAUAUAGAAGGACAGGAAGUUUAUUUAUUAGAAGGGCUUUGGCACUGCUUUGCAGUCUUGUACCAAUUGUAAAAAUUUUACCCCGUGGGGCUUAGUCAGGAGCUCUCAUGCAUUUAGAGGAGAGUGUAGUAGCAGUGGAACCAAAGACAUGCAGGUGAUAUCAAAAAUGGAAGAAAUAGGGAUGUCUACAAGUGAGAAUUUUGUUUAAAGGUAACGGAGGAGGAAAGAAACCACAAAAUUGCCUUAGCUACUGCUGUUAAUUAGCUAUAUAUUUAAUAUAUACAUUGCCUCUGUGUAAGCUUUUCCAUGUUCAGCCCCACAUCCUAGGGACACAAAAGUUAUGUAAUUUAGACCAUGUUUGAGUUUUUUGUUGUUUGUUUUUUGUUUUUUUAUUCAUUUGGUCUGUCAGCAA